CUGAUUUACCCUAAGUCCCACUGCUCCCCUCCCUCUCCCCAACCAGAUGAGGCCCCAUCUCACUUCCCUGCCUCGGCUCGCCCCACGGUCGCUGUUCCAAGCAUUAAUGAGGAGGAUUUUUUACCCCAGAACCAUUCAUUCUGUGUGGGGACAGCUGCUCCGACAAAUCCUUCCGUUAUUAACCCUAGGAUUUUUUUUAUUCGUGGUCAGGAUGAUCACGACCACAGGAUACGGUGUUCACGUCCAAUGCGCGUGCGGGUCCGUCAUCGCUACGGGAGAGCGAGAAGCGCGAUACCUCAAACAAAUCAUGGAAGAAGUUGACAUUACAACCAACAAGAGUGCUGCGCAGAGUUUGCAGGAAGAGAACCCAUCCCUGGCGGUAUCCCUGCUACUACAGGCAGAGUACGCUGGUCACCGUUGUAGUGGCUCGCCAGGACUCUUCUCCAUCAGACACAACAACUUGCUGUGGCAGGAGGCUAGUCUUGGGGCCAAUACUUUGCUGAUCUACUCAGCUUACUGGGACAACAGAGGUGGGGAAAAUAUGGUGCGAAUAUUGGGAGUCUCGGACACUCCUUCCCCGUCGACGCCUUGGUGUCUCCUGCACACCCAGCCUGGCCGCCCUCCCGUCUCCACCCGCGCCGUGGCAACGGAUUUUCUUCACUGGCAGUACCCGCAAGAAGGCUACUGGCAUCCCUUCCUGAUAUCCUGCAGCAGCGGACAAGUUAGACCCUCAGCUGUGUCCGUGGUGGGCUCUGCGUGCUCAGCGCCCACCAAUGCCAUUAAAGUCAACAUCCCAGCCUGGGACUUGUUGAAUCACGACGGAGGAUCUCUAAAUAUUCCUAGUGUCAGAAAUUUAGAUGAAAAUAAUAAAUUUAUAAAGCACGAAUCUCCGCUUGAGGUUAUCCAUACAUCGGGAUAUGACGGGAAAUAUGAGGAAAAAACUUUAAUUAACAAAGUAAUGAAAUUUGAGAAUCGAAGUUUCAUUUCAAACAAAGACUUUAAAGUCAGAAAACGUUUUGGUUCCGAUGCCGCAGAAACCCAGAAUCAUAUUAUAAAAUUAAGAAGGAAUGAAUCAUUAUCUUACUCAGAAUUAGAAAUUAAUUCUUCAGGAUCAGAACGAAACAAUAAUACCUUCCCGUCAAAUUCUCCUCACAAUAAUGAAAAUUUCGAUGAAAAAAUCAAGUCAGGCUGGAGUAAAAAUGAACAGAACCUCAUUGGAAGCAAAUUAAAGAAGAAGAACUUAGCGCUCUGCACGAAGUUUCUGUUCAACGAGCAGCGCGACGACUCGAUCAGGCUAAUAGAGUGGCUGGAGGCAGCGCGGGCGUGGGGUGUGGAUGACGUCACAGUUUACGUCGCCAGCGCGCACGCUAACGUCCUGCGCGUCCUCAAGCAUUACAUGCAACAAGGACUUGUGACCAUCCUGCCCUGGACGAAUCCUGGGCACUAUCCUAACAACCCUGCGCUGCAGAGGGCGCUCUAUGAUACUCAAAGGUACGCACUUUUUACCCUGGAAAAUAUUCCGUACACGGACUGCCUGCUGCGACACCUGUACAGCCACCGCUACGUCGCUGUGUGGGACAUGGACGAGUUUAUGCUUCCCGUGUCACCUUUUUCAUCCAUACCUCAACUGCUGGACCACGCCAAGCUGAAAUGGUUCAGAGCUCACUCCCAAAAAUGCUCGCAGCAUUUCCAUGUAGAAAAAGAUUUAGUUGAUCCAAUUAUUGAGGCAAAAGUUCUGGACCCAACUCAGAAUCAGAAUGAAUUUGAAGUAGAGACCAUAAUCAAGUUUAUAGACCAAGACAAGGAGAAAUAUUUUCCCUCUGAAUGUCUGCCGCCAGUUUCAUAUCUUGGACGUGGUUCUUACUUCUUCGAUGAUUUGCUAGAGACUGCGGACAACGCGAGGCAAGGCCUACACAUGCUGAGUCACGUCACGCGGACCUUUAGAGUCACGCUCCCUCAAGUCCAUACCAAGGCAGUGCAUGACACAUCCCGAGCCUUGGGUUUGCACGCUCAUUUUGCACUGUACAGCAACACGGGAGUCGUGCACCGAUCACGAGACCUCUACAACCUGUACCCCAGUGAUGAGGCUUACCUCGCUCACUACAGGGCGAAGUGUCAGGGUGAAAGUCAGCUAGAAUGUGAAACAAAAUUUAGACCGCUGCUUGUUCGCGACGAGCGGAUGUGGCUGCACAAAACUCAAAUUUCGAGAAAAUCGAGUGAAACAAUUAGGAUUUUGGGGCUUCAACCUUGA